AUGGCCGGCAAACCUUCUAUUCGUCUGGCAACGCCAGAGGAUGUUCCGCUCAUUCUCCAGUUCAUCCGUGAGCUUGCCGAUUAUGAGAAAGCCCUGCAUGAGGUCGAAGCCACCGAGGAGUCCCUCCUAGCCACCCUUUCCUUCCCCGGUACCCCGCCACAGCGCGGCGCUGUCUACACGGCUCUCAUUACCCCACCACCCACAUCCGAAACCCCCACUCCAAUCCCAGUCGGCAUGGCCAUGUACUUCUAUAAUUACUCCACCUGGCGAUCUGCCCCGGGAAUUUACCUGGAAGAUCUCUAUGUGCAGCCCAGUGCCCGCGGCCAAGGCUGUGGUAUUCUGUUGCUGAAGUACUUGGCUAAACAGGUUCUCGAGGCAAACGGUCGCCGUUUGGAGUGGAGUGUUCUGAAGUGGAAUGAGCCCAGCAUUAAGUUCUAUGAACAGGUUGGCGCGAAGGGUAUGGAGGAGUGGAUGAAGAUGAUGGUUGAUGGUGAUGCCUUGACAAAACUUGCGGACGGUGUAUGA